AUGGCCCCGCUGCUCCUGCUGCUCCUGGCCACGGCCCACGGCCUGGUGCCGAUCCACUACACCCCGGAGCUGGCCAGCUCUGACCUGGGGGGGCAGAUCACUGCCUCCACCUUCGUGCUGGAGCAGCCCCGCUGCGUCUUUCAGGAAUUCCCCACCGAGGACAUCUGGCUGGUGGUGGCCGUCCCCGAGGCCGUGAAUAACUUCAACAACAGCCUGGGGCCGGGGACCCCCGAGAGGGCGUUCCAGGAGUUCCCCAGUUCCGCCCCCGCCUACAUGACCCUCAACACCACCCUUCUCAACUACCCCUGCCCGAAGCCCCCCGGGGAGAUCACGGUGCUGCGUGUCGGCAGCGAGAGCAGCUGUGCCAGAGACCCCUCCAGACCCACCUGCAACGGACCCCUGCCCGGUCCUGGCCCCUACCGGGUGAAGUUUCUCGCCUUGAACGGCUCCAAUCCCGUGGCCGAGACGUGGUGGUCGGAUCCCAUCACCCUGCGGACAGCCCAGGACCCCAGCAGCAUCCCGGUGGUGGGCAGCGGGCACAGCGGUGGCAUGAUCGCCCUCACCACCAUCCUCUCCAUCCUCUUUGCCAUCCUGCUGGCCGGCCUGCUGGCCACCCUCCGCAGCUCGGACUCCUGCGGCUGCAGCAGCAGCUUCAGCAAGCCGGAGGCGGUGUCGGUGCGACGGUACAACACCCACCACGUCUACGACCAGCCAGCUGCCCGCCUCUGA